AUGGUGAUGAUACAACAAUUGAAUUUACUGCUUAUUCUUUUAUAUGUGCUUCUAGGGCUCUGUUUUGGCAAUGGCAGAAUCAAUCCCUCUCAGAAUUUUUAUAAUUCAACAUGCCCCAAUUUGGAAUCUACAGUUAAACAAGCAGUUGAUAGUAAAUUUCAGCAGACAUUUGUUACUGCCUCUGCCACUAUCAGGCUGUUUUUUCAUGACUGUUUUGUUGAGGGAUGUGAUGGCUCAAUUCUGAUUGCAUCCAGUGGGAACAAUACAGCAGAGAAAGAUGCUUCAGAUAACUUAUCCUUGGCUGGGGACGGAUUUGAUACUGUGGUUAAGGCUAAGCAAGCUGUGGAGGCAAUUUGUCCAAACAUAGUGUCCUGUGCUGACAUCCUUGCUCUCGCCACCAGAGAUGUUAUUGGGCUGACUGGAGGUCCCUCUUAUAGUGUAGAACUGGGUCGUAGAGAUGGGUUAGUUUCUAUGGCUUCUAGAGUGCCUGGCAAUCUGCCAAAGGCAGAUUUCAAUCUUGACCAGCUGAAUACCAUGUUUGCUACAAACAGCCUGUCUCAAAUAGACAUGGUUGCUCUUUCAGGUGCCCAUACAGUGGGAUUUUCUCACUGCAAUCAAUUUGCAAACAGAACAUACAGUAAUCCAAUAGAUCCUACUCUUAAUGCUUCAUAUGCUACCCAGCUGCAACAAAUGUGUCCCCAGAAUGUGGAUCCUAGUGUUGCCAUAAACAUGGAUCCCAUAACUCCAAGGAUAUUUGAUAAUGUUUACUACCAAAAUCUACUAUCUGGGAAAGGACUGUUCACAUCAGAUGAAGUUCUUUUCACCGAUUCUCGUUCAACAAGUACAGUAAAUAGUUUUGCAUCUAACACAAGCAUCUUUGAAUCUGCUUUUAUCACUGCCAUUACAAAACUUGGAAGAGUGAAAGUGAAAACAGGGAAUAAUGGAGAGAUUAGAAGAGAUUGCAGUGCAUUCAAUCAGUGA